AUGACCUCGGGCUUGCCUGCAGGGGUUAUCCAGCUCAGCAGCAAUCAACGAGCUGGACAGUCUCGCCGCCCUGAAUCACAUCAACCCUCCCACCAACCACCAGUCCAUCAAACAGGAGAGCGAGACUUUGGACGAAUGCCUCCUCCAAGCCAGUCCAUGAUGCCUCCUCAUCCUUCAUCACACUACAGCCCACCACACAAUGCUCGCACCAUGCAUCAGCCAAUUCCUGAGCCUCGGUCGCGGCGAAACAUCGACGUGUUUGACAUCCGCGACGAGAACAUGACCGAGGCAGAAGCCCGCAAGCGCCUCUCCUCUCUCAUUGUCGUUCGUAUGGAGAAAUCGACCGACCCAUACGACAUCGACGACGAAGGUAACCCUGUGCCUCCAACUUGGGAGAAGGCAACGCACACGGUGCAGAGAGACAUCUCCCAAGAAGAGGCAAGACGCAAAGUCCGUCAGCUAGACAAGGAAACCGGCUCUGUGACGGACAAAAAGAAUGAGCUUUCGUCAGCGAUCCAGAGGCAGUUGGACCAUGCGUGGAAUAACUUGGAGGACAUGGAAUCAGAUCCCCGAUUUAUUUACACGCUUGCUCAGCUGGACUGGAAGCUCAAGAGAAUCGAGAGUUCUAGGGGACAUGAUAGGAAGCAUGACAGAAGAAGCAAGGAUAAGAAGAGGAGCAAAGAGAGACAUAGGUCCAAAAGAUCGCCGUCAAGAUCCAAGCCAAAGAAAGAACGAGUAUCAGUGACGGCGUAUUUCAGGAGAGCACCAGCUCGCAAUGAAAACUGUGUGAGGAUGCUGAAGGCCCAGCAGACGGAGAGACGAGAACAUGGAAGCAGGAGCCUGCCUCUCAAUGAGCAUCUGCCUAUGGCGAUCCCUGAUCAGCCUCCUCUACAACGGCCUGCUCAGUAUAAUCCCGCCCAUUCUCUGCCACAGUUUCAGACUCGCCAGCUUGCGUUUGAGCCUCAAGUUCAAUGUCGCUUCCCAUUGAACCAGCCUCCAAACAUCAUGGCCACUUAUCCGAACGGAUCUUCUCCUACAUCUCAGCCACCACUAUCAUCACUACCAGCCCGCAUUCCCCCUCCGUCUCUUCCAGCGAAUCCGCAGAGCAACAUCUCUCAAGCCAUCGAAGCACAGAAUCGCAGGAUUCAAUCAAACGCACCUAGAAUGGAGCGCCAAGCUACAGCAGAGUCGCAUAAAUCCCGAAGCUCCGUCACUUCAUUCAGCUCUCUCUCUGGCGAAGACUCCGAUACCAACAUGACGCCAAACUCAUCUGUCGACCACACUCACCCUCAUCACGAAGGGCGAAGAGGCCGAAGCAGGUAUCGCGAACAUCAUAAUGGAGGCGAAUCAGCUGCGCUGGAAGUAGCCCGCCGUCAGAGACCGCAUAAUCCAGCCGACAGAUUUAUCGGCAUUCCUCCUCCAGCGCCUGAUCCUAUCAAAGCAGUGCCAGAAGCAGAUAUGUUGAGGCACAUAGAGCAAAGGGGAUACCGCGAAGGGGUCAUGGACGCACCUGUAAUGGCAAGAUCCACGACUAUAGGAAACAUGAGCUCAGCACGCCAGCCUCAAAUCAUACAGGAUCCGCCAGCGAGCCAGAGAUCUCCCACUUAUCACACAUCUCGAUAUUCUUUAGGUGGUCAAGACAUGGAUCGAUUGGGGGAUAGACUCAGCCGCACAUCACUAGCAGAUGAUCCCCGGAAUCGCCCAGAGCUGGCACGCGACCCAGCAAUCCACUACGAGUACAGAGAACCACCAAGGCGAUACCGCGAUGAUUCCGAUGAUGAGAUUAUGGUGCCUGGGUCGAGCCGCGGUCCAUGGAGAAGGCAAGAUGCUCAGCGAUAUAUGGCUGAGAGAAAGCGUACAGAUCAAGAUGCGUGGGAUCUGGGUGGCAGCAGCCCUGUGCGGAAUGGAGAGAGUCAGCGGAGGUCGACGACUCAUGCAAGAUAUGAGAGAUGA